GAAGUCCCAUCAGGUCCAUGAGACUUCCUCCCAAACAAGUGUGCAUAGGAUUGCCCCAUAAGGCUGCAAUCCUAUGCACAUGUUGCUGUGGGUACAUCCGUUGAAUGCAGUAGGGCGCAAUUCUGUGUAUUCAUGCUCAAGAUUAGGCUGUAUGAGGCCCGACAGCAUAACCCUAAAAUAAAUACAAUAAAACAGAAGAAUACUCUAGUCGUCAUACAGAGAAGGGAGAGGGCCGUGCACAGAAACAAAAAUUGUUUCCGUGCAAGGAAGGGAGGCCCAGCUGCCAGACCCUCAUGGCCAACACCGCUGGAGUGGCGGUGGCAGAAGAGAAGGCUCCACUGUGCUUUCUUUCCUUAAGAAGAAGACAAGCCCGGCAGCCGGACACCCCCAGCCCUCUCCCCGCUGCUCCCCAGAGGGAAAAGUGGGAAACUGGGCAGGUCGCAACCCUGCUAUUUGCCUGGUCCAGGUACCUCUUCCUUUCCAAGGUGUAGGAGCCCGGUUCUGUUUUUAUCUGGAUAAUGUAUCAGUUACUCUGCCUUUGCUGACCAGCAUGAAGGCAAAACCAAAAAGUAUUCCAGUUUCAAGCGAAUGAAUGUUUACCUUUUGUAUCUUUCAGUAUAUUGCACCAUGAAGUUCCUCCUCCGUGUUGCUUCUUGAGGAUCUGUGCUCAGAAAAUACAGACAGCAGUCCAUUGAGAAGAAGUGACCCCUAAUUCAAGGUUACUAAAUGAGUAUGCCCUUAAUGGGACGGGAGCCCUGUCCUCUUUUGUAUCUGGCCACACUAUGAAAGAGGUUUCUAAAGUUACGCUGGGUAGUAGAGAGGCUGGAUGGAGAGACAUUUUGCUUUGUCUUGCACUGCUAGAACUUGGGCUCAUCCAAUGAAAAUGGAGAUUCAGGACUAACUCAAGGAAGACCUUCUUCAGAUGGUGCAUAGCCUUUUUGUUUCUGGCCAUGCUUAUGUCUGUUUCUUUUAAUUGGGUGUACAAAGUUCUAAACAACUUGGGAGGGGGAGAUUUGAGCAAAUAUCUUCUCCCUCACCAACCUGAGUAGUUUCUGAGGUCAUCAUCACAUGAGACAAGUGGCUUGUUUGGCAGCCACUCUGAGUACAGUUUAAAGCACAUUGUUUCGCUCCCAAGCGAACUCUACAAUUGUGUUGCAUGUUCAUUGACUACUGAAGACAUCGGUAUUUAAACAAGCCUUCCCUGACUGCCCAGCUACAGUUUGAAUGGCAUGAUCUCUUUUUAAAACAUGUUUUAAUUCUGAAUAUUGAACAAUUCCCCCCUUCCUUUUUAUUGUUCACUGUUUGGGAACUGCAGUGAAUGCAGAGCGGUAUACAAAUCCUGCACAUAAAAAAAUGGGACCCACUGUUUCAAGAUCUGCACUAGCUUUAAAAUGCGAUAUGGCAAAUUGGGAGGCACUCCUAUGCUUGUUUUGAUAGAAGAAGGUUUGCUAGAGAGUCACAGGACUUCUCUUUUGGGCUAAAGAGGCACAGAUCUGUGCCCGAAAUGGAGGGAGAGAGGUUCGCCGGGGGCUCCUGCUGGCUCGUUGGAGCCUUAGGCUCAAAAGCCGGCCCUCUCAGCGUGCUGACCGUUGGGGCUGAACCGCAGGAGACGGUGGGUGGGAGUCCUCCUGGGGAGGGAAUCCCACCUUGUUCACACCGAGGUAGAUGAUCCUUAUAAUGGCAACCGCCAAACAGUAAAGAAAUAGCAUUUCUCCCAAAAACCAGCAAAUCUGUUCCUCGUCGUCCUCCUCCUCCGCACACUGAAUAUCUUUUUCAGGGAGAGGGUCCACGGCAUCUCUGCUUGAAUAUUGCCACCACAGAUGGAGCAGGGGGAACGCCAUUAUAGCCGCUUUCUUUAAGAUGGAAGGAAACGUCAAGUGAGGAAGCAGAGAGUUGCAAGAAGCGGCGGCGGCAUUGUAUACCUGGCAACUAAACGUUGCCAUCGGUUGACUGCGUAUGCUGUGACCCAGGGCGGGUAGAACCCGCACCUCACAUCAUUCUCAGAACUAUGGCAACAAGGAACAGAAGAGGAAUGCCCGCUCGACUAAACCGUUGGUGCCACACCUGGUUCCGCAAUUCGCUUUUGUGUGGGUGCAUCCAGGGUCUGCAUUCAUUGGUUUCCUCCAGACAAAUUAUAUCCCGCAGUUUCAAUAUCCAGGGUUGCUUAUUCUAAAAACGAUCAAGUACAAUAUGCGAUCGUCAGUGGAACUUAUCCAUCGCUCAUAAAAGCACAAUGCAGAUUAUAUUGUGAUACUCUUUGUGGGGCUGCUUUGAAAAAAGCCCAGAAAGGUCUGUCGGUCCAGCAUGCAGCAGCCCAUAUCGAACCUGGUGCAGGAUGAUCCGACUCAAUCAUCCCAGGGUGGUGCCCACGUGACUGGCUCCCACUCUGCUUCCAGGCUGGGUCUGGCGUGCCAGUCGUCUCCCUGAUCCUGCGAGGCCUGUGCUCAGGAUACCGUGAGCACCGCUGCCCUCCCUUCGAAGCUGCCCUUGCAUUCCCCUGGGCACUAAGAUCACAUCCACUGGACUAGCUCUCUGUUUGCUUCUGGCCUGUUCUAAGUGCUGGAUUUGAUCUUGUCUUUCAGGAUAUUUCUCCACAUGCGCCUGCCUAUGCCAGAAGUUCCUAAACAAAAGGCCUUUCUGCUUUUCUUCGGGUGGCAGGUGGCUAUGGAAGAAAGGACCUGCUUGGUGGUGACACCCCAGUUGUAGAAGGCUUGCCGGGCAUCCAUCCGUUUCCAUGCCCAGCAAAGAACUCAAGCUUGCAAUGCAAGGGGAACAAAGCCCGGCUGCUUCCCUCAUUGACAGAACCAUCAAGAUGAGGAAGGAAACAGAAGCGCGGAAGGUGGUGUUGGCGUGGGGGCUGCUUAACCUGUCAGUUGCUGGCAUGAUUUAUACGGAAAUGUCUGGGAAACUAAUAAGCUCCUAUUAUAAUAUCUCAUGCUGGUUACUCUGGUAUAUUGAACUUGCAUUCGCAUCUUUGUUCAGUCUCAAUGCUUUAUUUGAUUUCUGGAGGUACUUUAAAUACACUGUGGCCCCAACCAGCUUGGUUAUGAGUCCUGGACAGCAAACCCUUCUCGGAUUACAGAACGCAGCUGUCCAGACGACUCCACCACGUGAACUGGUGCCAAAGAAGACCCCUCCGUCGACACCCUCUUCCCCCAUCCAGGGCCAGAGUGUUUUAAGCUACAGCCCUUCCCGCUCGCCUAGUGCCAGCCCCAAAUUUACCAUGUCUGGCUACAGCCCCCAGCUUCAGACUCUGCCUGGCAGCAGUGGGUCUUACAGUGCCGCUAUGACUUACUCCCCGGGCAGCGGCUACAACAAGGUGCCACCAUUCAGCGUGUCCCCAGCAUCCGCCCCGUACCCCACCAGCGUCGGUCCCAUGGAAAGCAGCGGGAUCAGGUCACGAUACCGCACCUCACCCAUGGUCUACAGUUCCCCUGUGGGCAAGGAAGACUACAUGACCGAUCUCAAGUCCCUCGACAGCUUCCUCCGAAGCGAGGAAGAGAAGCAGCACCGUGCCCAGCUGGGAGGCUCCGACUCCAGCUCUCCUUCCAGCAGCCCAACCUUCUGGAACUACAGCCGCUCCAUGGUGGACUACGCACAGAUGCUCAGGAAAUUCCAGUACCAGCCGGCAUGCAGGUCCCAGGCCCCCUCGGCCCACAAAGAUGAAGCUGACCUGAGCUCCAAGCAAGCUGCGGAAGAGGUUUGGGCUCGCGUGUCGAUGAGCAGACAACUGCUUGAUCACAUGGACUCUUGGACGGCUAAAUUUAGAAACUGGAUCAAUGAGACCAUUUUGGUGCCUCUUGUGCAAGAGAUGGACUCCGUGAGCACUCAGCUGCGGAGAAUGGGGUGUCCGGAGCUGCAAAUGGGAGCAAGAAAUAGCCACUCGAGACGAGCAGCGCGCCACUGUGAGGGCCCCUUGGAUCGCCGAGGCGUUUCUCGGUUCAGGGGCUUACGGUCUUGCAUUUCUGCAGACGCCAGUAUCAGCAGCCUGAAGCAAGCAGCCCUGGUGAAAGCUCCACUCAUUCCUACGUUGAACACGAUAGUGCAGUACCUGGACCUCACACCAAACCAGGAAUACCUGGUUGAAAGGAUCAAAGAGCUUUCUCAAGGAGGGUGUAUGAGCUCAUUCAGGUGGAAUCGAGGCGGGGACUUCAAAGCACGCAAGUGGGACACUGAUUUGCCAACGGAUUCUGCCAUCGUUAUGCACGUGUUCUGCACAUACCUCGACGCCAGGCUGCCCCCGCACCCAAAAUACCCGGAUGGCAAAACCUUCACCUCCCAACAUUUCAUUCAGACGCCUGAUAAGCCAGACAUUUCAAACGAGAACUUGUUCUGCAUCUACCAGAGCAGCAUCAGCCCUCCUCACUAUGAGCUUAUUUACCAGCGGCAAGUCUACAACCUGCCCAAGGGCAGAAACAACUUGUUCCACACCUUGCUUAUGUUCCUGUACAUCAUAAAGACCAAAGAGUCGGGGAUGCUCGGGCGGGUCAAUCUCGGCUUAUCUGGCGUGAACGUUCUGUGGAUUUUUGGAGACUAGUUGAGUUGCCAUUCACCUUGAUAGAACUUCUGUUGGACAUUGAGACUCGCCCCUCCACCUGCCGAGGGAAGACGAUCCAACAGCUCGCAGGACUUACUAGCUUGAAAAACAUGGUUUGGAUAUAAAGUGGGGUUUUUAACCAUACUGGAUGAAUCUGAAGUAAUUCUAGCGUUGAACUCCAGGGUUUCUGCACAGUGUCUUAGCAGGAAAGGCCUGUUGCUCAGAAUGAACUGAAUUUCCCAUCUGGAGAGAUCAUUCUUGCUCCCGUUGGCUCCCGGACAGAAGAGCAAAAGACACGUUGAAGGGACCUGAUUUGCCACACUCCAUCCAUCUCAGGAGCUUCGCACAACGUGGUGCCAAGUAAUGAAUUAGCACUACUGAACUGGAUCUUGCCAGUCCAAGUGGGUGUGUUUGUUGCUAGUUGCCGCUUCUGUACACUAGAAAAGAAAAAUCACAGCAGGCCAUUGGAGCGCAAGGACCUAAAGCACAGGGAGAGGAAAACCUCGGCAUUCUGCAGGGUCCCCGUUCUGCUGGCCAGAAAGGUAAUGCUCCUUGCACCACCCCUGCCUCAGUUCUUUGCCCUGUGUUACGGUUCCUUCUUUUUAAAGUGGCAGCAUUUGUACCUCUUCCAGUGACAAAAGUCUAGUCUCGUUUGGGCUGAGAAUACUCCAAGCAAAAAUGUAAAGCAAAAAAUAGCAGCCAUACCUCACGGCCUGGUUUGGCUCUCUCAGGAUUUUGAGCCUUUGUUUCUGUUUGAGGCUCCCUGCUUGUUAUGGGAAUCGUUUCCUCAUAACCAGGUUCUAGCUCUCUGAGAGGGUCCAUCUAGCUUUCUUCAACAAAACACUGAAAGGACGCGCUAUUUGUCCAUUGACGGGUGCUUGGGUCAACUGUCCUGCCCUGUCACACCGACCACCAGGAGCCACACAACUGAAUUUCCUGCUGCCACCCCAGCAAAGUGCCUUGUGGAUCCCAAACUGCUCGGGGGGGGGGGUUGCCUGUGUGUAACUGUGGGUGACGGGGAAAGCACUAAGCAUUCCUGAGCAGAUUCCGUUUCUCUGGAUAUCGCAGAAGGCUGCAUACUGUGCCCCAGGACUUCCUGGCAGGCCAGCAUGAGGUGGGGCCACCGCACCGCUCGAGUCAUGCCACCGGGCUCUGCGCAGGAGGGAUUCGCCAUGGCAUGUGGGCACCUUGUGCUACCAACAACUGUGCAUCUGCUCUACUGGAAAGGAAACGGCUGCUGCAGCAAUUGUAACAUCUUUUUAAAAUGUUGGUUUCCCAUGUGAAAAACCUCCCUGAAAGCAACGCUUGCAUGCGCAUCUUCUUACCAGAGCAUUUGGCAGGGUUUUCAACAGAUGACUUUCAGAAAGCAGCUGUUUUCUAGCCAUCAGCAGCAAAUAGAAUGAUUUAUUCCUAUACGUUGGCAUCUAGGAAACUGCAGCCCUGAACCUCUUGCUUCUGAGGCCUUUGGCCGGAACGCAGUUCUGUACAGCACUACUUAGAAAAAUGUUGACUCGCCCAGUCAAGAUCUGCCUUGCCCCCAUUCUUCCCUCGACAAUGUGUGAUUGUACUCUAUUUGCGAGCGGAGGAGACGGCCCGGGCUGGCUUGUGCGCCCUUUGUUUUUAAAGUCCCGUCACCGACAGUGCGUCUCGCAUUUUCUCCUACACGACCAUGCUUUCCUCAGGGAGUUGAGACCUUCGUUGCUAUCUCGGUGCUGUCAUUAAACAGAUUAAUUUCGGUUACAAUGUAUUGCGGUGUGUGUGUGUGUGUGUGUGUGUGUGUGUGUGUGUGUGUGCAUGGGCCACAGUUUGCAUUCGGGGUCAUUCUCUAACCCCUGGUCUCCUGCUUUAAGGCCUCCCCCUUUAUGCACCUAAUCAGCUAGCAUCUUUAAGGUGCUACCAGUAUGAGUUAUUUCAUUUAGCUAACUACAGAGAACGUCCCAGUCCCCCAGAUUUCUGCCUGCCUACCCAGCCUCGCAGUUUGUCUAGUGAAAAAUGUGCAAGAAUCGUUCCUUUCUGAGCCACACGCAGGUGGACGGGCCGUUCCCCGCCCCGCGUCCCCCAUGCAGUGGAACGAAGGCGGUUAACAUCGGCCUCUCCAGCGCAGCCAGCCUCAGCUGCAGAGUGGCCUCUGUGGGGUAGCUGGCCAGCGGUGCAGCUGCAACACCCGCCAGUUGAACCCGAGCCGCGGCCUUUGUUGCUGCGUGUGGCAGCUCUCCCCACAGUUCUGUGCUGCCCUCGAUGGCUGCCAUGUUUCCAGCAGCAGCAUGCGCUUGAACAGCCCCUGUGGUGCCUUGUUCUCCGCUAAAUACGCGUCUCUUGACUAUUUCAGUCCUCUUUACUUCCAAGGGGAUAGCCAGGAUUUGUGGUUGCAAGGCAAGUUUUCGGAAACUUUGGCAAAUAUAUGCAGAGGCCAGAAGGAAAACCUCCAUCUCGAAACACAGGUUGUCAGAAGCUGACUAUAGGGAACAAUUGCCGAGUGUAAAUUUCACAUCAAGUGCAGCUCAUCUCACUGUGGUUUUCCACCGCUGGUCUUUGUAAACAUGAAGCACAAACCAAGCACCCGGUUGUGGUCUUAGAAAAGAAAACUAAAAAAAAUCAUCUCUCUGCCGCACAAAAGCUACAGAAGCCCUUUAGCUGAAUGCCUUGACCUGGUUUGCAUAUUUAUUUCAUUUCUGCAUAUAAUAACCCAUGGUUUAUUUAUCCCAUAAGUUACUGAAUUCUGGGUUGUCGUGAUAAGCAAACUGAGCCAAGCUAAACACCACAGUUUGACCACAACAGCCCAGAAAGAAAAUCCAGGGGUGGUUGUUGGGUUGCGAAUUCUGGAUUGUUUUAAAUGGGUUGCUACGUGUAAACCCAGAACCAUUGGUUGUUCCUGGGCUGUUUCACCAGGCUGCAUAGGUUGCAGGCACGAGUGGCAAAUAGAGUUUUCUACAUGCCUAAUUCUGCAUUACCAGAAAGACUUUUGGGAUAUGGGAAGGGAGGGGAGAAACAACCUAGCAACGGGGGAAAGAAGGUUUGACGGGCAGACAAACGAUGCCUCGGUGCUGUGCCUGAACGAUUCUUCGGCCUGUGCACGCUCGUAACAGUUUUGCUGGUGCUCAGAUGCACCCCUGAGAGGUCACUCACUGGUCAGUCGAGUUGGAAGAAUUAUAGGCACAGGCCUAGCUGUCCUCGAAAAUUCCUUCCUAAUGAUCUUUCAUACAAAGCUGUAGAGCAUAUGAGCAAGACAAAAAAGAGUGUAAACGAAAAGCUUAGUGUAAAAGGGCAAUUCAGUCUACGGUCAUGCAAAUAAUGACCCGAGAAAACUGAAAUGCUGUAUGCAAAUGCUAUAGACAAGUGUUGUAUAUAGCGGUGGAUUUCUUGUUGGCUUCUGUACAUUAAGGGUUCACACACAGAUCUCAGAGACUGUUAACUGAUGAUUGUGGGGGAAAUUUCCUGCCCGUCCCACUACAGUCGGAGGCCGGGUACUCAAGGGCAGGAUUAUGGUGUGCGAGUUCACUUCUGUAGCCUCUAGCGAGGCUCUCGGUAUUAAGUUAACCUGCACUCCUACCAGGACAAAGCAACUGUUGUGUGUGAUGAUGUUCAUCCAUCGUUUUUGAUGUGUGCAAACAGAGUGACUGCAACGCUAUGCACCAACACGUGAGAGAGAUUUUGGAGACAGUGCGCUGUAGUGGUUAGAGCAUUGGACUGGGACUUUGGAGACCGGGAUUCUCGUCCCCGCUCAGCCCUGAAGCUCUCUGGGUGUCUUUGGGCCGUCACAGACUCUCAAGCCUAAUCUACCUCACGGGAUUGCUGCGAGGAUAAAGAGAUUUAAAUGUUUAAACAUUUUAAAUUUUGUAUUAAAUUUUACGGUAUCUGUUCUGUGUUUUAUCAUUUCAUCAAAAAGAACCUGGGCAGCCCUCUGAGUGGGAUGGUGUCACGUGGUGUCCUGCAAGAGCAGGGGGUUGGACUGGAUGGCCUUCAUGGCCCCUUCCCACUCUUCCACGAUUCUAUGAGUUUUCACAUGUUGCUAGCCGCCCAGAAAGUUUUGCCUAUUGGGCAAUAUAUGAAUAAAACAAUAUACAUUUCUUUACGCAAGGCAAUGUAAGAUA